AUGCUCUUAAUACGGAACCCUCUCUUAAAAUCAGACCGUAUUGUUUUCACUUCCAUAGAUAAUAGAUGGAGUACGGAUAGCAAAACUUAUGAUGAGGUCUAUACAGCUUCUACAGGUGGAUUCCCGAAACCUGAAGAUGACUCGGGCAUUUUUAUGGCGAUAGAUGAUUCUCAUACUCUAGGAACUCACUAUGCGAUCUAUUGUUCAAAAACGAUGCCGUUCACCGAAAUGAUGUCAAAAAUUAUUGUUGGAGGCUCGCCCAUGACAGGCCAAGAAAUCCUAAAUCUUGAUAGAAACUCUCUAGCAGAUCAAACGUGUUAUCAUCAUCUUCAAAGUCUGGCCCCGAGUAUCGGUGCUGAAAAGACUUCAACUCCCGACACAACAAUAGCAGUAGUGUGGUAUCAAGGCCGAGUGCACAUACUCGAGCAAUGUGGUGAACAUAAAGCGGCAUGGUUCUUUAACACGAUCAACUUUGAAAACAAUAAUCUUAGAUCAUUAUUUACGAUACUAAAAUCGUUCCAUCAAAGAAACGGGCGCAAAGGAAGGCUUGUGAAGAAAAGUGAAUUGGGCAAAAGACUGAAUGAGAAGCAAAUGAAGAAAAUUGAUAGCUCACGCACAAGAAAUCUACAAUAUCAAAGAAUAGCAUUUGUUGACAGACCUCGACAUACGCAAAAAGUGCUGGGCAAUUUGGUCGACAAAACACUUUGUGAUUCAUACAAAAGUCGACCACCUUUUUAUAUUCAGGUAUUAGAUACCAUUUUCCCCCCAAGGCAACCACCUCAUAGAUCUUUGAUUUCGACUCGGAAUUCAUAG